AUCCACCUCAAUUCUUUCCUGCCUCUCCACCAGUACAUUUUCCAUCCACCACCACCCUUCACCCUCCAGGCAUUUGGACUACCCAGCACGUCACUUGUCCACAUCCUUUCUUCGAUACCUCCUCUGGUCAAGAUCAAUGGUACUUGCUGCCUGGAGGCCAUUCGUUAAUGACUUCAGGCAGCCUCGACUUAGACCAUCAUGAUGUCUAGCCCCCUCGAACCCGGUCCCACCAACGGGUACCGGUCGCCGGAGGGUGAUUCUCCCUCUCCAGUAGCCGAUGCCGGUCACCAGAGUGAUAGUGAUCUCUCAGAUGUGCGCGAUAAUGCCGCACGUCUCGCUUCACCGUCGCCGUCGCCGGAUCCCAAUGACUCGACCGGUUACAUGAAUGGCGCACCCGACUUCGCCGAAUCAGAAAGUUCCGGCGACGAAAAUAACGCAUCUGAUGAUGCCGACUUUGACAUGGACGAAGAUGCGGCGUCCAUUGUCCAGAGCGACGGGGCCGGCGACGUCCACUCGAGCUCUAACGAUUCCCAGCGGCCUACGAAGCGGAAAGUUGCCGCUAGAGAGGAUGACUUCAUUAAGGCAAACCCUGAGCUAUACGGGUUAAGAAGAAGCUCACGUCCGACGCAGCAGCGCAGAAUGGUCGAUUCCUCUGAUGAAACUGAUUCCGAUGUUGCUCCUACGAACAGGAGGACAGUGAAGAGAAGACGCGUCGAGACAUCAAGACAGUCUUCUAAACGAGGUACACCUGCGCGGCAACCGUCGACAGACUCUGACUCCGACUCUGAUAACUACGGCGGUGCUCGCGCGAAGAGUCUCCAGAAGAAGGCACGUCGACAGCGUGAAGCACAGCCGAGCCUUCUCCUCGCCGAGAAGCGUUGGUCGAGCAGAAGGGCUGCCCAAGUGCAGCAAGGCGCCUACGAGGAGAGCGACGUCGAUGACGAGGAAGACGGGUCUGAACUCACUCCCAACUAUUACGCGGCAGACGUAGUCGACGACUCCCCAUACAUCGAUAAGGUCCUCAGACACAAGCUCAAAGAUGGUCUCGAACUUAGCUGGAGCUCAACGAGAAAUGACUUCGAGUAUUACAUCAAGUGGCAGGGAAAGUCGCACCUACACGAUACAUGGGAGACGGCGGAAACUCUGCGUAGCAUGCGAGGUUAUCGCAGGGUCGAGAACUACUUCAGAACCAUCGUGGAGCACGAGCUUCUCAUUCGGUUCGGCGAGGACAUCCCUCCCGAAACUAAGGAACAGUUCUUUUUGGACCGCGAACGAUCCGAAGAAGCACUGGAAGACUACACCAAAGUGGACAGGGUUGUCGCUAUCCGCGACGGUGAUGAUGAGACCGAGUACUUGGUCAAGUGGAAGGGCUGCUACUACGACGAAUGUACGUGGGAGGUUGCGUCAGCCAUCAAGUCAGAUUUUCAGGACAAGAUUGACCAGUUCCUGGAUCGGUCAUCACGUUCAUGGGUUUCUAACCGCAAAGAGUCCAAUCCGGAUACACGGACAAGAAUGACCAAACUUGAAGCACAACCCGACUAUAUUAAGGGCGGCGAACUGCGUUCAUUCCAGCUCAGAGGCCUGAAUUUCUUGUGUCUCAACUGGACUCGCGCCAACAACGUUAUUCUUGCCGAUGAGAUGGGCCUCGGGAAAACCGUUCAAAGCGUCUCGUUUCUCAGCUGGCUUCGCAACGAGCGCGAACAAGAAGGCCCGUUCCUUAUCGUUGCGCCCCUCAGCGUCAUCCCCGCAUGGGGCGAUACCUUCGACCACUGGUCUCCAGACAUGAAUUACGUCGUCUACCUUGGCAACGAGACUUCCCGCAGCACCAUCCGUGACAACGAGUUGAUGGUCAACGGCAAUCCUAAGAAGCCCAAGUUCAAUGCCCUCAUUACCUCGUAUGAGAUGAUUCUCCAGGACUGGCAGUUUCUUCAGCAAAUCAAGUGGCAGGCUUUGCUCGUCGACGAAGCCCAUCGUCUGAAAAAUAAAGAGUCUCAACUGUAUGCGAGACUCGUCGGUUUCGGGGUACCGUGCAAGAUCCUGAUCACAGGCACGCCCAUUCAGAACAACCUGGCUGAGCUUUCGGCACUCAUGGACUUCCUCAACCCCGGGAAAGUCGUCAUUGAUGAGGAACUAGAGAACCUCGCUGGAAAUGAUACCCAAGAAAAGUUGCAGGACCUACACAAGUCAAUCGCCCCUUACAUCUUACGCCGCACAAAGGAGACUGUUGAGUCAGAUCUUCCACCCAAGACCGAAAAGAUCAUCAGAGUCGAGCUUUCGGAUGUUCAGCUGGAGUACUACAAGAACAUCCUUACGAGGAACUAUGCUGCUCUGUCCAAUGCCACGGGUCAGAAGAACUCGUUGCUCAACAUCAUGAUGGAGCUGAAGAAAGUGAGCAAUCAUCCGUAUAUGUUUGCCGGUGCCGAAGACAGAGUACUCGCCGGCAGCACCCGUCGGGAGGACCAAAUCAAGGGCUUGAUUGCUAGCAGUGGAAAGAUGAUGCUUCUCGAUCAACUUCUCACGAAGCUCAAGAAAGACGGCCACAGAGUCCUUGUUUUCAGUCAGAUGGUCAAGAUGCUAGACAUUCUCAGCGACUAUAUGGCUCUCCGGGGCUACAAAUUCCAACGUCUUGACGGCACUAUCGCCGCGGGUCCUCGCCGCAUGGCAAUUAACCAUUUCAACGCCGAGGAUAGCGACGACUUUUGCUUUCUGCUUUCCACCAGAGCAGGUGGAUUGGGUAUCAAUUUGAUGACCGCCGAUACUGUCGUCAUUUUCGACUCCGACUGGAACCCACAAGCAGAUCUGCAAGCGAUGGGACGCGCCCACCGCAUCGGACAGAAAAAGCCUGUUAGCAUUUACCGUCUGGUAUCCAAAGAAACUGUCGAAGAAGAAGUUCUCGAGCGAGCUCGCAACAAGCUUCUGCUUGAGUACCUCACAAUUCAAGCUGGCGUCACUGAUGACGGCAAGGCAUUCCGCGAGGAAAUGAACAAGAAGGGUCUAAAGAUUGAUGGUCCGAACUCUGCGGAGGAUAUCCAGUUGAUCCUCAAGAUGCGCUCGCAGAAGAUGUUUGAGCAAAGUGGCAACCAAGAGCGUCUCGAACAGCUCGACAUUGACUCUAUCCUGGAGAACGCCGAAAUCACGAAGACCAAGGUCGACGACAAGAUGAACCUUAGCAGUGGUGGUAUCGACUGGGACAACUUCAUGCAGUACACCGAUGUGAAGGUGGACGACUUGACCCUCGACUGGGACCAGAUCAUUCCUGCCGACGAGCUUGCCGUUAUCAAAGCCGAGGAGGAUAAGCGCAAGAAUGAGGAGUAUGUGGCAAAGGUCGCUGCUGAGAGCGCUCCGCGCAGGGUAACAAUGAAGAACCGGAAUGAGACGGACAGAUCGGACCGUCUUGCGAAGAAGCGACAGAGGGAAGAGCAGCAACGCCAGGAAGCCGAGGAACAGCGUGCCCUGCUAUCUGACCCGAAACGCCCACUCAAUGAGAAGGAAACACGAAACCUUCUGAAGGCUUUUUUCCGAUACGGUUCUAUGGAAGACCGUGGUGACGAAAUCGUUCAAGAGGCUCGGCUCGCCGAACGCGACCGCGAUUACCUCAAAUCAAUACUGGACGACUUUGUCAAGACUUGCGAGGACGCCCUCAACGAGAACACUGCACGUCUCAUGGACGAUGAGCGAAAACUUGGGAAGUCAUUGACGAAGAAGGACAAGAAGGCCGUCCUGGUCGACUUUGGCGAGGUGCGGAAGAUGAACGCCGAGACAGCUGUCGAACGUCCGCAGCAGCUUCGCCUGCUGAGGCAAACCAUUCGGAAGAAUGAUGACUUCAAGACAUUCCGUCUCGCCGACGCGACCAAGGCAGCCCACUACUCAUGUGAAUGGGGCGCGCGAGAGGAUGGGAUGCUUCUUGUUGGCAUUGACAAGUAUGGUUUCGGCGCUUGGGCGCAGAUACGAGACGAUGACCAGCUGGACAUGUCCGACAAAUUUUUCCUCGAAGAACAUCGCAUCGAGAAGAAGGAAGAGCGGAUCAAGGGAGCUGAAAAGGUGGUCAACUCCCCCGGUGCUGUUCAUCUCGUUCGCCGCUCAGAGUAUUUGCUCUCUGUGCUUCAGGCGAAGCAUUCAACCGACCCGUUAGCUCACAGAGCCGUCGAGAACCACCAUCGGAACAAUAAGAGAUUGGCCAACGGACAUCGUCGCAGUGAUGUGGGCAGCAGCGCGGCGUCACCUGCUCCGCCAGCACUCAAGAAGAACGGCUCGCAUCGGGAUAGAGAGCGCAGCCACGGCGACCAUCAUCGCAGCCGCAGCAACGCCGAUGAGAGAGGCACGCCGCGGCCUGAGUCGAAGAGAAAACACUCGGGCCACGACGAGGGCCGCAUCCCCAAGCAUCGGAGAAUGGAAGAGACGCGACGCACAAAGAGCGAUGAACAGCAGUCUCCUAGGUCUGACAGACCUCGGAAUCGCGAUGAGGGCGAGCGUAGCAGUAAGCACCGUCGCCCGGAGGAUCAUCGGCAUGGAGACGAACGCAGGCGCUCGAGCAAUACCCCGCGAGCCAGUCAACCCGACAGCGAGCGUCGCAAUCAAGCACUUCGAAGGCUUGACCAACUUCGUAAAAUGGGAGAUAACAAGGAGGAGAGAGAGAAGGAUGCGGACGCCAUGCUGUGGUAUUUGCUGAAGCCUGUUCGUGGAAACUUCGAGGCCAUUCUGGUUACAACAAAGGAGAGGGUCAAGUCCAGUAAAGAACGAGCCAAGAUCUUUGGCGAGGAGCUAGUUGUCAUUGGCAACUUUCUGGACCGCGAAUUUGUCCAGGAGCGAGACAACGCGCUCAAAAACCGCUUCUGGGAGUUCCUGGCAAAUCUAUGGCCUGUUGACAGCACCAGCAAUGAGGUGACGGGCGAUCGAUUGAGUGCCAUGUAUAGAGUCCUGCAGGCCAGAGAAGUGAAGAAGCACAACGGAGACACGCCAGCAGCGGCGCCGACGAAUGGCACAGCAGCCACUUCCUAAGCGCAGGGUCAAGCAUCAUCAAAACAACGGGGAGACAUACGACUAUUCAUUUGCGCAAUCUCGAUUCAGUCACAAUACGUGUCUAAUUUCAGCAUUGGCCCGGCGUUUCGGUACUAAGGGGGAAGGCAUUGUUUUAUCGAGGCGAGGGAAUGACAAGAUAAACUACAUACCCGGACUUGCAUGGUACAGGACGACCCGAUUUGGAGUUUUGCGAAAGCAUCAUGUCUUAUACCGUGCGUUUGAGAUUUUGUUUUUAGGGGAUGAGGAAAGACGACGGGCUGGCAUAUUUUUGACGGCUGACUGGGCGGAAGCACGCCUCGCUGCAUAAAAAGAGGCGGCUAGUCACAUGACGUUGGCCUCGUCGGUGUCCCGAUGACCAUAGCCUUGUCUGCGGCGACGCGCUGGGGGACGUGUACUCCGUAUCCCCACGGCGUUGACUCAAGCCAGUCCUGACGAAGGUACCGGAAGACAAAGAAGGAUGGCCCUGAUCCGAGAUUCAGGACCCGAGGAGAGAGACUCCUCCAUUCAUGUUAGAUUACUUUUUUUGGAAGCAGCGAGAAGGGAGUUGGUGCGCGCACACAAGCAAGGAAAAAAACAAGGGGAGUCUACAUUGUCUAGGUCUUGUCUUAUUCUCUUGGCCGACAGACAGGAGGUUUGUGAACGUGGUGUGAUCGCGGGGUAUCGACUGUAAAGGAGGGAGCAGCCGACCAGACAUCCAUCCCUUGGCGUAGACGGCAUCAGGAAGAGAUUGCGGAAUAUACACCGCCUUGCAAAUCAAUCCAGCGUCCUGUCUCCGUGAUCGAACCUCAUGUCCAUGUCCA